AUGGAUUUAACGAAGAACUGGGUUCAUUUAAGGCGGUUCACUGGCGAUUGGAUGAUCAAGGCUGGGGACAGACUCCUCGGUCACGUUGGGGGUUUCCAACCGGAAGGGAAAUGGUUGCACUCCGGUGUCGAAUAUGUUCGACCAAUUUCACAGGGAAUUGGUGACCUGAAGACGGGCCACACAGUCAAGGCAGCAUUCAACGGAAGCGACCUCACAAGAUGCAAUCACACCCUGUCGCCAUCGAUCCCCGGCCAGACCUGCAACGGUGGACGGAGUACUCUCCUUGUGGCGCAGAGCGAUCCAACUGCCGGUGUAACAUGGGCACAUGAGGCGAGGAUCCCGUACAAAGGACGGAGUACUCUGUUCUGGAAUUAA